CGCUUGCGCGACAAUAGCAUCGACAUCGUCACACUACCCGUGGAGCGUGCAAUACGUGUUCCUUGCAGUGCAGCAGCUGGUAGUGUAUCGUGUAUUCGAGAACCAUAAGCUUCGUAGUGCAGGCAUCGUCGUUGGGCUUAUCAUGAAGCGAACAGCGCAUCCUCGCUCAUCAAAGAGCGGAUCUCACCCAGAUGCACCGAACCAAGAUAAACGCUCCCCAAUACGUGUCAGUUACGCCGGAGCGCCACAGCCUGAACCCAAGGCAAGUCCUUCACCGCUUGCUGCCAAGGCGUCAUCACCUCAAACGCCCAGAGACGGUCCUCCACCCCACCAAUUGAGGCGGGAGCGUCCUCCUGAGCGUAACCGAGAUCGCCAGUCGGCACACCGUGGGUCAAGAUCACCGCGGCCUUCACCUCACGACAGCCCCACACCGUAUCGUUUCAAGAAAUAUUCAUCUCCUGCUCCGGAAGGGUUCGCUGGUCAGACAUCCCCUUCCCCAGAAGCGAGACUCCGUACUUCAUCGUACACACCGGCAACAUCAGAACAAGCUCUGAGGAUGGUCAAGCGGAUUGGGUCCUUAAAGCAGCGGUAUACAGCAUAUGCCAUCGUCGCCCUCUUCGCAUGCGCACUCAUCAGCGUGCUUCUCUACGUUCUGAUUGCCAAGCCUUUCACCUCGUCAGAAAUCACGCGCUGCACGUCGGACAGAUGCCGCGAAUACGAAGCGAUCGUCUCACUCGUCAGCACCUCCAUCGACCCGUGCGAAAACUUCUACCGCUAUGUCUGCGACGGCUGGAACAGCAAAGAAGCGGUAUCCGUACGAAGGCACCAAGUGGAACGGUACAUAGACUAUCUCGAUGAGUCAGCGGACAUGAUUCGGGUUCCACCCUCAAACCAGUCGGGUGAACAAAAAGCCAUAGCCUUCUACAGGUCUUGCGCAAGUAUCAUGGAUGAACACAGGGACGAGUUACCAGGAGUCAAACAGGUCCUAAAGAAGGCCAACCUCAUUUGGCCUCACGAAGCCGAACACCCCAAUCUUCUUGAAGCCAUGUUUUACAUAAGGCGAACUCUGGGCCUCUCUCUGUUCUUUGACAUUGAAGUACGUGCAAACACCACGCACACCACAGUGGAGUUCUCUGCUCCAUCAUCCCUAAAGAAGAUUCUGGACAUCGAGGACAAACUUGUGGAAACCGGACACUAUAUUCAGUUCUCCACGUUUCUUCUUAUGCGCUUCAUGAUACCUGGAAAGCCCGCAAGCCCAGCACGUCGAAACGCGACAGAAAUAGUUCUCACAACAUUGAAGACAAAGUUAACAUCAACAAGAAGAAAUUCAACAAGAAUUCUUCACUACAACAUGAGUGAAAUUGCUGAGGCGACACAAUGGCGGGGAUACAGCCAGGAACGCUGGGAAAAAGCCGUGACGGAGUACUUGGGUAUCAAUAAUGGUAUCAGCGUGCACAUAACAAUUUCUGAUAGCGCAUAUAUGCAAGAAUUUCGGAGCCUACUUGGAUACCUAGGAGAAGGCACGCUGCAGCUUGUGGGAGGAUACUUACUGGCCAUACAAGUUUCGGUUUUCGCCAAUGAGGGGCUUCUGAAAAAUUUGUACCUUGGAGCGUCUAAAGGAGAAAGUAAUUCUAGAAAAGAUAACCGCGACUUCUGCCUGAGAGUAACUAUGAAACACAUGGGAAGCGCCUACAUCCACCCUCACGUGUCUAGAUGGCCGGAUGCUGAGCAACAGCGUGAGCUCGCUGAUAUUGCUGAGCAUGUGGAGGCAGCCUUCAGAGCGAAAUAUGGCGUCAGCAACCGAAGACUCGCUGAUAUGGUUCAUAAUUUCACCAAUGUGCAGCGGAAUGUUGAUAUAGACAAGGUCUACGAGCACUUCAAGGACAUGGGCAAGGUGUUUGUCGAGAACCUGCAAGCAGCCGUUGAAGGCUUCAUGAUGUCACGCGGCGAAUCUAUCGAGAUACCUAAUAUGAACCUAUUAGAACAAACGAACAUCAGCUUCUACCAUUUAGACACGACCAUCAAUUACCUUUACUUCUAUCCCUACGCGUUCGCCCAGCCGCUAUACGACAGCCACGGUCCCCUGGUGAGCAAGUACGGUGGAAUUGCGUCCGAGUUGGGCCUGGCCUAUGGGACACUUGCGCUGCGUAAUCAAGUGGACCCAAGUAACGCUACUUGCUUGAAAGAUUUAGAUCGGGAAAUCUGGAAACCUCUGGAAAUAAAAGAUCUAUUGAUUCGCGCAUUGGCCCUGGAUGCAGCGUGGGACAGUUUCAAGGAUGCAGCGUCUAAACACCACGAAGUGGCGGGCUUCCACGGCUUCACAGACGACCAGCUCUUCUUCGUAUUCUUUUGCCACAACAUGUGCAGCAGGGAAAAGAAAUGGGAAACCUUGUGCAAUGCUCCUCUGAGGUCAAACCUGAUGUUCAGUACCGUGUUUGGAUGUUCGGAAGAAAGCUUCAUGGCAUCUGGCUCAGUGUGCUUCCCCUCCCAGAAGGUGUAUCAGUCCCAUUAAGAUGGACGCUGGCGUGCGUGAUAGAUGCCAAUUAAGGACACAUCUGCUGAUAUAUUUUGCUGGGAUACUUUAAUGCAAUGUAGUAGAUACAUACCUUGAUCUUUCGGUAUUUCAACGUCUCGUCGAAAGAGCAAUAAGGCUACAGGUACUAUAAAAACAGUGCAACAGUUGUG